GGCAGCGACCACUUUUCGCAGUGUGUCAAUUUCCUGCUCUAACACACCAUCUCCACGCUCCAACUGUGAUAUUGGAGAUUAUCAUGCCGCCAAGGGACAUUUACAGCACCGCAGGCCAGUCACUGCCAUCAGACUUCCUGACUAUUUACAAGUACCCAUCCGGUUCAGAUGAUCGCACAACCUUUCCGAAGUAGAAUUAGCUCAUUCUGAUUCUUAAUUUGUGUUAAGUGGACAUUUCCUGGAAACGGGAAGUAUUGCUUUUGAAAUGUUUCAAAUAUUAUUUUAAAAAUAUAACUUCUGGAUUUUAUUUCAUACCUUGCACAGCGUUUUUGUUUGAAAAGUGGGCAACCUUCCGACUGAAUAGAAUAACAUUUGAAGACAAAAAAACAUUCUGAAAUUGCAUGUGCGUGUUUUAGCAAAAAACAGAAGAACAGACUUAGGGAACAAACAAUGAUGAAGAAUCAACAUUUUAUCAUCAGAAUAUUAAUACUUUUCCAGUGUCAAACAAGCCCUGUGGAAUUGUUGCCUGCAAAUGAUCUAAGAGGUGCCUUUGGGGACCAGACCUCCAGGCAGAGUGAGGGGAGGUGGCUGGCUACCUCCAGGCCAGGGUUCCCAGGCUGGGCCAGUGACAACCACCAUGGCCGCUACCAGGAUCAGAAUGACCUGCUGACUGAGAAGGGACACGACAACAGCUCCCAGAUCAAAGACAUGGACCACAGCUACUACACAUCCAAGAUCUACGGGGCCUCCGAGGCUGUCAGUAAAAAUCUGUGGGUGGAUGUGGAUAAGCUGGACCCGGGGAAGGCGAAGACCCAUGGCCUGCUCUCCAAUAUGCACCGACAAGCAGCGAGAGUGAAUCUCUCCUUUGAGUUCCCUUUCUAUGGGCACAAGCUGCGAGAAAUCACUGUGGCAACAGGCGGUUUCAUCUACACAGGAGAUGUGAUCCACAGGAUGUUGACAGCCACCCAGUACAUCGCCCCUCUGAUGGCCAACUUUGACCCCAGUGUCUCAGCUAACUGCACCGUUAGUUACUUUGACAACGGCACAGCCUUGGUUGUCCAAUGGGACCACAUUCUUCUGCAGGACAGCAUCAGUCGAGGACCUUUCACCUUUCAGACCACUCUGCACAACGACGGACACAUUGUUUUCGCCUAUAAGGAGGUUCCCAUGGACCUCAGUGAGAUCAGUGCAGUGAACCACCCAGUCAAAGUGGGUCUCUCGGAUGCAUUUGUGGUUCUCCACGACAUUGAGCAGAUACCCAAUGUCCGCAGGAAGACCAUCUAUGAGUACCACAAAGUGGAUAUCGACAAGUCCAAGAUUUCUAACUACACAGCGGUCGAGAUUAUUCCGCUGCCCACAUGUCUCCAGUUCUCCAGCUGUGGUCCUUGUGUCUCUACUGAGAUCGGCUUCGACUGCAGCUGGUGCAGCCGUCUGCAAAGGUGCUCCAGUGGCAUCGACCGGCUUCGUCAGGACUGGGUUGACAAGGGCUGUCCUGAAGAGGAAAAGAAGCGUGGCUGUUCCUUCAACACGGUCGCAACCACCAACACCAGCAACACACCACUUUACAACAUGACGCGCAGUCACACUCCAACCACUCAGGUCGCUACAGCAAGAACACAGCGGACCACCGCCUCUGUUUCCACGACUACCACCACCGCUACAACUACUACAACCAGGCCUGGACCCAUCUCCAGUGUCGCUGUGACCCGGGGUUUAACCAAUGCUUCUACAGCGGCUGCGGAGGAAGACGAGUCUGAGGAGCAACAGAGGGAGGUGCGCCUGCAGACUGGUCUCCUGGUGGGCAUCUCCCUGGUCAUCAUCGCCAUGGCAGCAGCCGUCAUAGCAACGGUGUACAUGUACCACAACCCGACCUCCAGUGCCAGCCUGUUUUUCAUACAGAGGCGUCCGGCUCGCUGGCCUGCCAUGAAGUUCCGUUGUGGCUCGGUGAAACCCGCGUACGCAGAGGUGGAGGUCGCAGGGCUUGAGAGGGACAGUCUGGCGGUUAUCGGCCCCAAACACGCGUUCAUUAUCUCUGACCGUGACCGCAGGGAGAGCUUCAUGGACGGCAAGGAUGGCUUCAUCGUCCCCGACCCAAAAGAGCACUUCUUGGCAGACCAGUGCUGACUGGACCCAACUGGAACCAACCACAACUGCCUGGACUGGAUGUUACAAGGAGAAAAAAUUCAGGUGGCUUGGGGAGGAGCUAGUAUUUUAUGUUGGUGUAGGAAAGUGUGUUCUAUUACCUCGAAUUCCAACUGAGAUGCAGAAACAGACUUGAUUUUUUUUUUGUUACUUUUUAUACCCUGGUGGGACCAGUGGAAGAUUUUGGAUGAAGCUGCUUCUCAGUUGUUCUGUCCAUCAGUUCUAUGGUGGAAGAACUGUGAAUUGCUUCAACCAGAGUGACUAGCCUUUUCUUACAGCGCAUUACAACCUCAAGGCUCACAGAGGCUGAGGAAACAAAGACAUGCUGAUUUAAAAAGGCAAGGAAUGUGAUCAGCGUGGUAACCAGGUUUGGGUUUCUUAACUGAUAACACGACUACAACUCACUUGAGAUGGAGAUGGACAUGGCUCAGGAGAACCUCAGGCCUGAGCACUGAACAAAAAUGACUGAUCCCCUACUGUAAAUAUUAUUCACCUGCUGUUAAUAUUAUGAAAAAUGUAUAGAAAAAUAUACAUAUAUAUAUAUAUAUUUGUUACAAUGAUGAGGACUUGUUGUCUGAUGAUUAUUUUUCCUGUACUAUCGUUCGCUAAAUAUUUCAGUCUGAGACUUUCAAUUGUCUAUUUCCCAAACACCAAGCCUAGGACCUUGACAAUAAAAACAGUACGGGUAUUCAA